GCUUCGUUCCUAAAUCAAACCAAACCAUAAAGGGUCAGGCAAUGCGUAUAUGUUUGACCGGUAUCGUUCUUUUGACAUCGAGCAUUUUUGUUCUUCUUUGUGCCUGCCAGCAUGCUUUCACUCUCGAUUGCCAGCGCUGUAGCAUUCGUUGUAUACUGGGCUGGGUCACUCCUAUGGCGAUAUCUCAGGUUCAAGCACCUUAGAAAGCAUACUUGCAUACUUGAUCUCGAACAACUGGGAUUGUCUAGGAGCGCGGACCAGAAGAUCCAUGGUACAGCGGUCAUCUGUGGUGGAAGUCUCGCAGGUCUCUUGACUGCUCGUAUUUGCCAUGAUCACUUCGAUGAGGUCGUCAUUGUCGAACCGGAAGUAUGGGCGAACCGGCCGGAUGCUCAGCGCCAGGAUGUGUGGAAUCAGGAAAAUACCCGUUCCCGCAUUAUGCAAUACGAGUCCUUUCAUGCUACCAUGCAACGGUUCACCUUCAUGGCACUAUGCAAACUUUUUACAGACUUAACAAAAGAUUGUCAGGCAUCAGGUAUACUCGUUGGCCCUGCUGAUUAUCCGAUCUCGACAUGGGGACGAUGGUCGAAGAAACCUUAUAAACAGUAUAAUGGUGUCCUCCCUGACACAAUGUCUGCUAGCCGUCGUGGUUUUGAAACCCUACUGCGCCGCUUGGUCCUUGGCGGUCGUCACAAGAAUAUUCGACAAGUAAUUGGAACGGUUACCGGCGUCUCUCGCAGCACACCCAACCCUGAAUAUCUAGAUCGUGUGACAAUUCGUACGACCGCAGGCGCACAAGAAAUCAACGCCGCUUUGGUUAUCGAUUGCACCGGUGCGGCAUCUGUGGGUAUGAAAUGGCUGCGACGCGAAGGAUAUGGGCAGGCAGAAACGUAUCCCAGUGGAAAGCUCCCUUUGGACGACCUGAAAAUCACAUACGACCAAAAGGUCGUCUAUUCGACUCUCAAACUCCAUGUCCCGCCUGAACUGGGCAACAGGCUCCCCGGUCUUCCGGCAUCAUUCGAUAAAUGUGGGCUCAUUUAUGCUUGCAUAACCGACCCUAUGCUGGACUGCCGUACUAUAGCGCUUCAGCGUAUUGAAGGCGACUUUGUUCAAGUUGCCUGUACCGUUUUCAGCGCAGAUGAGCUUCCCCAAACACUUGAGGAGAUCAAGAAAUGCGCACAGUCAAUCGUUACUCGAGACCCCAUACCCCGGUGGAUUUUUCAGAUACUUGAUAUGCUAGAAGAGGCCAAAGACACCCUGACUUGCAGUCAGGUUACAUUUCCUGGGGCAAGUUACAUAAGGUUCGACAAGGCCGUCAAUCUACCACCAAAUUGGAUAGCUAUCGGCGAUAGUGUCAUGAAAACCAACCCUUUGUUUGGGCAAGGAAUCCUAAAGGCACUGAUGGGCGCGAUAUGCCUUAACACGCUGUUGCAAAAGCGCGACGUCACCGCUGAAAUCCCUCAGAACUUCUCGGCUAAUUUUUUCGAAAUGCAGGGCAAUAAGAUCUCGCCUAUCUGAUAAGUCUCUGAUCUCCUAUUUUAUGCUCGUUCAUUUAAACGUCAUCAUCAGGGAUGCAGACAAGGUUUGGGGUAGGUAUUGUUUUAACUGCCUGGAACGCAAAUUUAAUCGG